AUGCGUAGAAGAAAUAUUCUAGCACGUUCUCUAGGCAGUUUAGCUAGAAAGUACAGAGCAUUCCAGGAAGCUUGGAUUCUGCCAUGGUUUUGCGGGGGUGGUAUAUCGGCAAUACCACUUUGGACUCUUGACAUUUUCGUGUUGAUUGCAAAACUGACUUCGACAUGUGUAAUGGGAAUAGUCCGAGUGAUAAUACCACCGAUCAAGAAGAAUUUAUGCGGGGAAACGAUAUUGAUAACAGGUGCUGGAUCGGGUAUUGGACGAGAGCUAGCUCUACAGCUGGCGGAACUUGGUGCAACAAUCAUAUGCUGGGAUAAGGAUGAGAGACGAAACAAUGCCUUAGUUGAGGAAAUAAGAAAGAAAGAUGGAGAUUGCUAUGGUUACACACUUGAUGUAACAAUGAGGGAUCAAGUAGCUGCAUUAGCCACACACAUGCGUCGUCAUCUAACAGACGUGACGAUGGUGAUAAGUAACGCUGGUGCCUUGAACUAUGGACCCAUUUGUCAGUUACGACCAGACACAGUCGUCAAACUAAUUAACGUCAAUUUACUGUCGCAUAUAUGGAUAAUUCAAGCGUUUCUACCCAGCAUGAUUGAGAGACGUCAAGGGCACAUAAUAGCGAUUAACUCAAGUUUAGGCUUAAUGCCUUGCGCUGAUAUGACUUCAUAUUGCGCUGCUAAAUUUGGACUCCGAGGUUUAAUGGACUCAUUGUCGGAAGAACUCCGCUUGGAUACGUGGACAAAAAACUAUUACGGCCACUUCUGUGUACUUGGGCACCGUUUCCACAGGACUAUACCCUACGCCCUCACAUCGCUUCGUAUCGUAUUACUCGGAAAUAAGUGCUGA